AUACUCACCACAAAACCAAGGUCAACACCCACAGCCUUCUAAACUCAACUCUGAACCUACUAAUCAUGAGCAACAACACAAAUACUCCACCCAGUCAGACCACAGACUGUCCAGAGAUUGCAGUUCCCAUUGAGAUCUUCCUGGUCAUUGGUUUUCUCAGCCUGAGUGAAAAUCUUCUGGUUGUGGUGGCGGUGAUUCGCAGUAAGAACCUGCAUUCCCGCAUGUACUGCUUCAUCUGCAACCUGGCUGUUUUUAACACCAUCAGCAGCCUCUCCAAGACCUGGGAGAACAUCAUGAUAGUGUUUAGAGACGCCGGACACCUGAACUCACGAGGAGCUUCUGAGCUCCGGAUAGACAACGUGAUGGACACUCUGCUCUGCAUGUCAUUCGUGGGCUCCAUCUUCAGCUUCUUAGCGAUCGCAGCCGAUCGCUACAUCACCAUAUUCCACGCACUGCGCUACCACACGCUCAUGACCAUGCGCCGCACGGUGGCCAUCUUGGUCACCAUCUGGACCCUGUGCAGUGUCAGCGGCUUCCUCAUGAUCGGCUUCUUUGAAGCCGCAGCCGUGAAGAUAUUCUUCAUCGUGGUCUUCUUCACAGCCCUGUUCUUCAUCCUCCUGCUCUAUGUUCAUAUGUUCCUGCUGGCUCGGUACCACGCGAGCAGGAUUGCGUCCAUGCCGGGCAAUGCUGGACACCAAAGGAAGAGCGGCCUGAAGGGGGCGCUCACACUCACCAUCCUGCUGGGUGUGUUUGUGGUCAGCUGGGCUCCUUUCUGCUUCCACCUGUUGAUCAUCAUGGUGUGUCCAGAGAACCCGUACUGUGAGUGCUACCGUUCACUCUUUCAGCUUCAUGUGCUGCUGCUGAUGAGUCACGCCGUGAUCGAUCCGGCCAUUUACGCCUUCCGCAGUGCAGAACUGCGCAGCACCUUCAGGAAAAUGUUCUUCUGCUCUGAUCAAACAGGUCAAUGUGGGAUUGUUAAUGCAUUGCAAAGACCACAGGCCUGCCACAGCGCAUAAUAAAUUAAAGCAGUUACUCCACAGAACACUGAUUAAAAUGUUUAUUUAACUCAUUAACAAUCAUGUAUGUGCUUUUUCA